AUGAUUGACCCGUUCAGCGUCGCUUUCGCCUUUACGGGCAUACUGGUCAUCUUAAUGGCUCUCAGUUACUUCGGUAGUCUGAUCUACCAGCUCUUUCGCGAGAACGGCCUGUUCGACCCCAGAAGCAUCGGAUGCCUGGUCUUCGUCAUCUUCAUCCUGGCUUCUAUUCAUCCCCUGACGGCAGAUCACGCCCUUAGCAUCUUUUUCAGCGUGGGCGCUGUCAUAUUGGAGGCUAUUUGGGGACUCAAAACUGCUCCAGCUUCGGAUACAGAUCUGCAGCAAGUUGACCUCCGACACACUCCCGAGCAAACGACUGAACAAUCAAUUCCUACACCCGCGCAAGAAGAUGUCGACAGAUGCUUCCGCCAACGAGAGGUGUGUGACAAAGCCGAGGAACGCCUGACGAAGACCUUGAGGCAAACCAACUCCUACGCAUCGGAAAUUAGCGAAAUGGACGCGAAGAUCAUUGAGAUCCAGCACGCUAUCAAUAAGCAGGAAUCUCGUGCUCAACGGGCCGAGCACAAUUUCCGAGGGGCAAGCGCGAGACUGCUUGCACAUGAGACGGACGGAGCAACCAUCGCAAGACUUGAGGCAGAGCUGGAGUAUCAGAAAGCGCAGGCCCACGACGCCGAUGUCUGUCGUGAGGCAUCCAACUCACAAGCGAAGUACCUUCAGAAGAAGAUCGAUACUCAGAAAGAGAAGUUCCAAGAAUACGCCCGGCGCAUGGAAGACCAGAUUGGCGUGCUACGUACCGACAUCAAGGCCAUCCGGCGUAAGAGAGACAGUCCCCCUCAGGUAGAGCUAUUGGCAACGGGAACCCAAACCGAGGCGGUGGAGACUACUUCCGAGGCAGCCCAGAAGUACCUCGAGGAACAGCUCGCCAUGACCCAAGCCAAGCUUUCGGUAAAUCAGACGUUGGCAACCUCGGCCACAUUCAAGCGUUUCAUCAGCAAGACCCAGAUGGAAGAUCUCAAGGCUGAUAGCCAGAAUACGGAGCACAACUUAUUGACGAUCAUUGUCGAGCUUCGCAAGGAAUUGACCAAGGCCCAACUUCAAGCAACUACUGCUAUGCAGUGGCAAGUCACUCAGCAAGAUAUUGAGGCAUCAACGUCGUCAAACAUUCUGGCGCUACAGACAGAGUUAGCCAAUGUCAAGGCCGAAUCCAAGGCAACCAUUGAGUCGAAAGACGCCCAGAUCCAAGAAGCCGCAGGCUUCAAGGCGGAGGCUGAGAGAGUGGUCGCUGACUUGCGCAACGAAGCAGAGCAACUGCGCCACGAGAACGAUACCUUCAAGCAGCAGGUGGAGCAAAUGGCCACCCUGAGCCCUCAGAUCGCCGUGUUGCAACGAGAGACAGAGCAGAUACGCAAUCAGAGGGAUACCCUACAGCAGCAAGUAGAGCAAUUGAUGAACCAGACCACUCAGAUUGCCCCAUUACAGCAAGAGAGGGACGUUGCGAUUCAAAAGGCCCAGCUCGUAGAGCAACAAGCAGUGGAAAUUUUGCAAGCAAAGGCGGUGCAAAUAACCAAGCUGGAGAUUGACCUGCGCACUGUCCGCAAGGAGAAGAACCAGGCGGAGGAGGAGAUCGAGGGAUACAUCCAGGAGCUCGAAGAUGAGCAAGAGAAGCUUCGGGAAGCACUGGAGGCUGAGAAAGCUUCGAUCCACACCAUCAGCGACUUGAAGGUGGCUAAGGAUGAUUUCUAUGCCGAAACUGAACGAUUGAACGUGGAGGUGCAACGCCUUCUCAACGAAAACACCAACCUGACGGCGAGGAUGAAGAAGUUUGCUAGCGAGGAGCUCCUGAAGGCCAACAUGGCCAAGAGGAACAAGACUCAAGAGUUGAAUAACCAAGAUAGAAUCUUGGGCUUCAUGAAGAAGACCCACGAGGACGAACUUGAGAAGAAGGAGGCCGAGCUUGCGAAGAAGGAAGAGAAAAUUGCGAAGCUGGAGUCGCAGCACGCUACGACCUGUGCGGGCAAUACCAAAUUACGCGACAAGACGAAGAAGGGCCGCGAGGACCUCAUACUGUUGGUGUCGAGAGUCAGAGAUCUCGAGGGGCAGAUCCAGAGCCCCAAGUCCGGCCCCAGACUCACUGCCUUGCAGACCGGAACUGUGUCUACGGUCUUGCAGCAGAUUGAAGACGGUAGUCACCUUCUCUCAAUCACCUCAACCCCAGCGAAGAAGCCCGAACGCGCGCAGUCAAGCACAGACGCGAAGACUAUGCGACCGAUGAAGCCACUUCCGAACAGAAGAAGGUCUGAACAGGCUCCGAAGAGUGAGGCGGGCCCUUCGUCUGUGAUGGAGGAGUGA